CUACUCCCCGCCCGCGCGCCCGUUUCGCUCUCAUCGCCCUCGGUGAGUCGGGCUGCUGCUCCACGACGUGACCAUGGCCGGGCUGCAGGAGCUGCAAUUCCCUGAGGAGAAGCCACUGCUCCGGGGCCAGGACGCCACGGAGCUGGAGAACUCUGACCCCUUCCUCUUGGCCGUGGACACAGACUGGAAGGAGCAUGACAUCGAAACGCCUUACGGCCUCCUGCAUGUGGUGAUCCGGGGCCCCCCCAAGGGGAACCGCCCGGCCAUCCUGACCUACCACGAUGUGGGCCUCAACCCCACAGGCCUCCCCACCACUCUGCUCAGACACAGGUGUGUCUCUGCAGACAAACUGUGCUUCAACACCUUCUUCAACUUCGAGGACAUGCAGGAGAUCACCAAGCACUUUGUGGUGUGCCACGUGGAUGCCCCCGGUCAGCAGGUGGGGGCGUCACAGUUUCCUCAGGGGUACCAGUUUCCAUCCAUGGAGCAGCUGGCCGCCAUGCUCCCCAGCGUGGUGCAGCACUUUGGGUUCAAGUAUGUGAUUGGCAUCGGAGUGGGAGCUGGAGCCUAUGUGCUGGCCAAGUUUGCGCUUAUCUUCCCCGACCUGGUGGAGGGGCUGGUGCUGAUGAACAUUGACCCCAAUGGCAAAGGCUGGAUCGACUGGGCCGCCACCAAGCUGUCCGGCCUGACCAGCACUUUACCCGACACGGUGCUAUCCCACCUCUUCAGCCAGGAGGAGCUGAUGAACAACUCGGAGCUGGUGCAGAGCUACCGGCAGCAGAUCGGGAAUGUGGUGAACCAGGCCAACCUGCAGCUCUUCUGGAACAUGUACAACAGCCGCAGAGACCUGGACAUUAACCGGCCUGGAACAGUGCCUAAUGCCAAGACACUCCGCUGCCCCGUGAUGCUGGUGGUGGGGGACAAUGCACCUGCUGAGGAUGGGGUGGUUGACUGCAACUCCAAACUGGACCCGACAACCACGACCUUCCUGAAGAUGGCAGAUUCCGGGGGGCUCCCCCAGGUCACACAGCCCGGGAAGCUGACUGAAGCCUUCAAAUACUUCUUGCAAGGCAUGGGCUACAUUGCAUACUUGAAGGACCGAAGGCUGAGCGGAGGAGCAGUGCCUUCAGCCAGCAUGACCCGUCUCGCCCGCUCUCGGACCGCAUCCCUCACCAGCGCCAGCUCGGUGGAUGGCAGCCGCCCACAGGCCUGCACCCACUCGGAGAGCAGUGAGGGUUUGGGCCAGGUCAACCACACCAUGGAGGUGUCCUGUUGAAGCUCUUGGUCCCGCGAAGACGCCCACGUGCCCCACCCACACUGAAGUCCCACUGCCAUCCUCGCACCUGCUCCUUUUCUGUUUUGUUUAUUUCUGUGAGGGUGAGGGGAGGAAUUGGGGUUACAGCUCUUAGAUGCUACAGCAGAACAGUCUCCUGAUGGUUCCCCACCUCCACUUCACUAACCUUGACGUAGCCAACUUGGAUCCCUGUCUUCCACCUCCCCACUGCCCAGGCUGGAAGGGGAUCAGCUAAGGAAAGACUGAGUCCUCUGGCCAGGAUCCAGGGUAACCUCCUGGAUUAAAGAAAGAGCAUGUGAUGACCCCCCUCGGGCAGGCAGGUUUGAAGGUGGGAGUUGUGAGGUGAUGGGUGCUAGGACAGCAGGAGCACGGGGUCCAGCUGAGGCGCUGGCGUGAGAACCAGAAGAUGGAAGCAGGGGACACUGGCAGGUGAGCAGCCCUGGAGCUCUGCAGGGCCCCCACCCAGGCCCUCCACCCAGCACAUGUUUCAGUCUUGCACAUGUGACAAUCAUCUGAACAAUGGCCACACGGGGGCGCCCCUACAAAGCCGCUCUUUUGUUGGUGCCAUCAGGCGAGGCAGGCAGGGGCUGAAGGGGGUUUCUCUGUCCAAGGAAAACAAAACAGAGUACCUUAAGAGCAGGAACCCCACAGACUGUCUCUUCCAGCUCACACACUCUGCCACCUCCUGACGCUGUCCCAUUUCUGAGCCAAGGCCCUAGCAGAAAGUCUUCCAUCUCCGCAGGGACCUGACUUGGGGGCUGAGGUUAAAGGCUAGGAUAGCCAGUGAGUAUGGAGUGUACCCCUCCCUACCUUUGGGAGCUAGCACGUGGCCACAGGCAGCAGUGGCUGAAAGUACCAAUAGAUCUUUUUUUGCCCCAGGUUCCAGGAAGGACAGUAUGGCCAAGGCCGCCAGAAACAUGGUGUUGGGCAAGUUCUGGAUAAAGUUAUGCCAGCGUUUCACUUAGGCAUCACUAAGUAAGUUUGUUUAGAACUGGUCCAGAGUAGCAAAACUUCCACAGGCCCCAUCACCAUCUCAGCCUGUUGGAUUGGCUUGGGCAGGGGCUUUGCUAGAUUCUAGAGUGGGAGGUGAAGUGAACAAGGACCAGGCAGAGGAGAAAGGUUCCCCACACCCCAGCCCCCUCAUGCCACCUAAAGCCCAGGACUGUGCCAUGUUUCCCAUCCACCACCUUAUCAGGUAGAAUCUCCUGGCCAGAAACCAGAAGCCAUUCGCCUCAGAGCCUGAAUCAAUUGCCACAAACCCCAAAAUGAGUAAAACGAGAGGGGAGAGAGCUAUGAAAAAUGAAGGGCUGGGGUGUGUGUGUGGGGGUUGGGGGUUUGCUCUGAGGCUGGGAGGACACCUGCAUCCAUAUUUCCUCUGCACAUAUGCCCACCCUUCUAUAAUCUUAAGCCAUUGCUAGACUGCUCUAGAGCCCGGUGGAUUGUUAGUCUGUCCCUAGUUCAAUUCACUCAUGUGCUUCCUUUGUAUAUUGAAUGUGACUAUUUGAAAAUUAGAAUCAAUCCCUCUUACUGUAGAUAGUGCUGCAGGUUGGAUUUUUUUUUUGCUGUGUUCUUUCAGAUGAGAUAUCUAUAAAUAUCUAUACAUUAUAUAUAUAUAUGUAUAUUGGGUCCUCCUGUGUGUGGUUUUCCAUUGGAGGUUGUCUUUUUGGUCAAAGUGAACUUUUAAUAGAGUUUAUUAUUUUCCUCUCUGUACAGAGUGAAGAGCCUAAUUGUGUAUUCUAGUGGUUAAUAUCAUGAGACUCAGAAACGGCAAAAUGUAAAACAAAUAAAAACCCUUGUCAGUGUAGAAAGAGUUAAUUGCUGAAAAACUAAUAAAGAAACUGAGAAACUC